AGCGAAAGAGUGAUUGAAAAUGGCAUGGAAAAUUGGAGGAAAUCAGUACGCAACACUGUCGAUGCUCUUCGCCAGCAGUUUGCUAUUGCUGAGUGCGGUCAAAGCCAUCGAUUCGGAUCUAGAGUGGGAUGACUUCGAGGACGUUGAUGUAGAGGAUGUGCAGCAGGAGGAUGUCGAUGAGAAGCCUACCUAUAAGAGCCCGGUGAUCGAUGCCAAGAAAUUCCACUUCGCGGACCACUUCGACGACAUGGAGGCAUCCACAAGGAGGUGGGUACUCUCGCAGGCCAAGAAGGACGACAUCGCCGAUGAGAUCUCCAAGUACGAUGGCAUCUGGAAUUGGGAGCCGCCGCAGCGCAUGGUUUGGGCAAACGAUCUGGGUCUGGUGCUCAAGUCGAAGGCCAAACAUGCGGCCAUAGCAGCCCACCUUCAUCAGCCGUUCGAUUUCAAGUCGGAGAAGCCACUGGUGGUGCAGUAUGAGAUUACGAUUCAGAAGGGUCAGGAGUGCGGCGGCUCGUAUCUAAAGCUUUUGUCCGCCGGAAAAGAGACGGAACAACUACAGACCUUCAAUGACAAGACACCCUAUACCAUUAUGUUUGGACCGGACAAGUGCGGCAAAGAUGUGACAAUUCACUUUAUAUUCAAGCACGUCAAUCCAAUUAAUGGCACCAUCACCGAGAAGCAUUGCAACAAGCCAAAUAAUAGUUUUGAAGAGCCAUUCAAGGAUAAGUUACCCCAUCUCUAUCAGCUGGUGGUUCGUCCAGAUAACAGCUUUGAAAUUCGCAUUGACCACAAGAUCAUCAAAGAGGGUUCCCUGCUAACCGAUUUCAAGCCACCAGUCAAUCCGCCGGCAGAGAUCGAUGACCCCAAUGACCAUAAGCCAGAUUCGUGGGAUGAGCGAGAGAAGAUCCCAGACCCCACUGUUCACAAGCCCGAGGAUUGGGACGAGAAUGAAACACUAAAGCUGCCAGAUGCCGACAUGAUUUUUGAUCCAACUGCCACGAAACCUGAAGAUUGGGAUGACGAAAUCGAUGGCGAGUGGCAGGCUCCAAUGGUAGACAACCCAGUGUGCAAGAAGGACCAAACCUGUGGCAUCAUCCGCAAUCCCAACUACAAGGGCAAGUGGAUUGCACCGAUGAUCGAUAACCCAAACUACCAGGGCAAGUGGGCACCCAGAAAGAUUGCCAAUCCAGACUUCUUUGAGGAUCUCAAGCCCUUUCAAAUGACGCCCAUCAGCGCUGUGGGUCUGGAGCUGUGGUCCAUGUCCAGUGAUAUUCUCUUCGACAACCUGAUCAUCACAGACGACGUGGAGGUGGCCCGUGACUUUGCGGCCAACAGCUUUGACAUCAAGCGUCGCUACAUCGAUCGUGAACGGGACUCAAUCGUGAAUAAGGUAGUCGAGCUAGUCAAGGACUAUCCCUCGAUUUGGGCCAUUGGCCUGGUGGCCAUUGUGGCGUUGGUUGCCCUCACUAAAUGCUGUAGAUUUGGUACCACUAAGAUUCAGGAAUCGGCUGCUGCCGAGUCCAAGAAGACCGACGAUCCUCAGCCCCAUGAGCCGAGGCCGUGGGGGAGUAGGAUGAGCAGAGCGAAGAAAUGGAAGUUGACGAUACCACCAAGAAGAGCAUAUAGCUGUCCGUUACCACCCAAAAAGAAAUUAGAUGACAACGAAUGGAAGUUCAAGGCGGCGAAGAAACAAAAGCACACACAGACUAAGGAAUCUAACACUGAGGAGUAAGCGGGCAUUCAUAACCAGAUUCGCCAGCGAUUGCAAAAAACGAACAACCAAAUUAACAAGCAAAUCAAUCUACACACACACUACCAGUUAAAAGCUACUUGCUAAAAGCGAUCUUUUCGCUGAUCGUAGCAUACUUUCCUGGGCUGCUAAUGAGAAUCCUUGUAAACGAUCAAGGAGCAGACCAACAUUCUAAUGAAACAACAACAUUGUUGUUGUUUUGCCAGCUUUCGCAGCUUUAGCUGACUUUAUCGUUUUGUCGACUACUUUAACAAAUUUACACGUGCAUUACUCAUACGCGCUGUUGGCAUGCUAUGUAUAUGUAGCUACGACUAAGACCUCUUCGCCACAUUUCUCCGGCUGUUUUAUGGCAAAUUCACCGGAUACGGGCACAAUAACAACAACAGCAAUACAACAAAAGGCCAAAACAAAGUUUAGUUAAUGAAUUAAAAGCAAAC